GGUCCGUGUCGGGUCAGGCACGUGGGUGGAGUGGGUUUGGGGGAGAUGUGUGGGCGGGGGAUGGCCGGGAAUAGGUCGCAUGAGGCGGGGUAGUUGAAGCGGUGUGGGGGAGAAGAAUAUGUGGUUCUAGGUUGCGUCGCUUUGUCUAGUGGAGAUACCUGGCGCGGCGCUGACUGAAGGUGUACAUGAGUGAAGAAAGUACUAGUUUAAUUGCUGCAGAUGUGAGCUGGUGGUGGCAGUGGUGGUGGUGGUGGCGGCGGCGGCGGCUGCGUCGUGUUUGAUGUGGAACGCAAUACCAUAAUCUUGUCAUUUUCAAGCGGUCCGAGGUCUGCCUUAUUUUCUAAAGCUACUGAAUUUAAUAUAUGUUGUUGGUCUCUAAAAAAAAUGUUAGCUAAUGCAGAUCAGGUACUUCGCAUCACGUACUUUCUUUAUGUUUCCGCCAUACGUCGCAGCUGACCACGAGUAUUGAAGCGCGAUCGGGCCGCUACUAGAUGGCGCUGAUCAGGGCGGAAGGACACGUGCUGCGAACCGCCGGUCUAGCCCCACGUGGGAGGAGGAGGACGGACCACGCACGCCACCCGCCAUGAAUGAGUGGGAGGCGAGGGCACGGCGGGAGGAAGACGGUGGCAGUGUUCUUGGCGCGUGUGAAGACUGCCGCUGAAGAGAAGACAAGGAGGAAAGGCAUAGGAGUAAGAACUGGAAGUAACAGAGAAGGAAAGUGACACUAAGGAAGGACAAGCAUGAGAUGGGGGAAGAAGAGGGGGAAGACAUGGUUGGAGGAGGUAGAGAAAGAGGAGAGGGAGUGCCACCACCGUACAUAAGGCACUGUGGCUCCCUCCCUUAGCUCAGUCCUGCACCAGCGCUCACGAGAGGUGCACACGGUCGCUGGCUCUCGUCCCCUCUCUCUCCUUCUCCCUCUCUAUCCCGCCCUCACUCUCCCCUCGCUCCCGUCGACAGGCGAGGCAGGAGGAGGGCAACCUAACCUCCCCUGCACCACCCACCACCCUCCGUCACCUGAGGUUACUGUAAUGCAAUACCUGCAGGAGAACUGUAUUUACUAACUCGACGAACCAGUGUUAUAGUGGUUUGGUCUACGGCAGCCACAGGUGGACGUGUGCGGUGGUGACACGCACCUUCACCACUAGAGGACAACACCACAAGCACACUAACAUUGUACACUGAUCAACACCACAACACGUGACUUACACCUACACAAGCAUCACAACUUUCAACCACACUCGUUGUACAUCAAAGCAUCUAAAGACAGUCAGGCCCUGCUCGGGUUCCCAGUGCCGCCACAACCAUCACAGCACCGCCGCCCGGACGGACUGUUGUGCAUGCUCCGCGUGGCGCGACCAAACUCGUCGCCAGCAUUACGUAACGACAGGAAAGUAUAGUCGCGGCGCGGAACGUGAGAACAACUUGUCUGGCGCGUGUCGUGCGUGCCUGCGUGUGUGCGUGCGUGCAUGCAUGUGUGCAGGCGUGUGAGAGCAAGGGUAGUGAGGCUCUGACUUAAGAGGAAGAAAAGGACUGGAUAGAGGACACGACUGCAGCACACGGAAGAGGAAGUGAAGAAGGUGGUGGUGGUGGUGGUGGUGGUGGUGGUUGGUGGUGGUGACGUUGGUGGUGGUGUUGGUAUUCAUCGAGCGGGAGACAAGGUGGUGUGUGUUAAGGUCAUUCCGUUCUUCCGUCACAGCCAAGCACAGUCCCAAGCACACCAGUAAAGUGCAGUGGUGAUGGAGUAUUGCUAUUGGUGGAGAAGUGAUUUACUAUGAAAGUGAAUAUUCGGAGAGGAAACCGAGACAUGAGGGAGGCGAGGAGCCGGAGAGCGAGGUAGCAGCAGCAAGAACACCACCAAGCCAUAGUGUGCGUUGCGUGCGCUUUGUGAGUCUCUCGGCGGUUGGAGAGACGUGAUGCUGGCCGGGGGGCGGCGACCCUUCCCAGAGCCUCUACUGGAGUUUCCACCGCCUGGUCGGGGAUCAGUGGUGCCGCGAGGGAAUUGGGCCAAGGAUUACCUUCUCCCCAGGCUUUGACCGACGCCGGGGACCUGCCUACCGGAGGGGGGCCGUCUCUAUACGGGGAUGGCCCCGCCUCAUCGCUCCCGUCCCCUUCAGGAGGUUCGGAGGAAGGGGAGAGGAACGUAACAGGUGGCAGCAGUCAUAGGUUGCUGUGGUCUAUAUACAAAGCCGGCGGAGUGCACAGAAACGAGAGUGGAAGAAGCGGCAUUGAAGUGAGGGGAGGGAGUGAUGUGCAGGGCAGUGAUCGGCCCCUGAGUGCUGGGUAUAACAUUACGGUGGGCGGAGUGCUGGGCGAGGCAGGGGGGAGCGUGGAAAACGUAACAUCAAGUGUGGAGGAUACUAAAGGUCACGGCCUCUUAGAUAUCCUGAUGGGCUCCACGCCGCCACUUUCAGAACGGAAUGUGACGCACCGCAACGCCUCGGUCAUCAAGGAGGCUCUCGGCUUUACCUUAGACUCCGGGGGAGACGCCUACACGUCCCCCUCGGAGACAGGUGGGCUGCAGAGGCUGCUGUUGGGCAGGCCGGAGCCAGUGUACCUCUCAGCCCUGGACGACAACCUAAGCGUGGAGCGCCCAAGCUUCUCCACCAUUACCAACUACACGGAGCCGCUCUUCGCAGACUACCCGCCUCAUCUCCUGGACUUUGCCGUGUUCUGCUGCGUCUUGUUCAUUGUGCUGGGCGUGCCCGGGAACCUCAUCACCAUCAUCGCCCUCGUCAAGUGCAAAAAGGUCAGUACACUUUCCACUUACUUGUUAAGUGUAGUUUAGUUUUGUGUGUCACUGAGCACAACGUUGUUUUUGUGGCCAGCAGUCCAUGGCUGGCCGACAGGUGUUUGUCUUGCAACAUUUUUGGCGCGUGUUUCUAUUUGUUUGUCCUUU